GUGGAGGAUGAGGGGACAUGUGGGGCAGUAACCUCCUCAUUCACGCCUCUUUUCCCCUCGUUAUAAAACUCUCAGAUUAACAGAUGACAGUUAUACAGCAGGUUUCUGGUAACAGAAUGAAGAUCAUCAUGUUUUUCCCACUUUUGCUUCUGGUCUGCUCUGUUUCAGCAGAUCAGACUGAGACUGCAGUCCAACAAUCCUGUCCACAGGACAUCCAUGCUGUGCUGAGAGAGCUGACCGCCUCAUUGGCUGUGCAGAAUGAGCGGAUCACUGUCCUACAGAGAGAGAAUCAAGAACAAGCAGCAAAGCUGGAGAGUCAGAAGACUGAGACUGAUCAGCUGAAGCAGCAGCUACAAGUCAAACAGGUGGCUUUUUCAGCCUCUCUGCUGGAGACAGGAAGUGGACAUACUGGACCCUUUAACACUCAGAUUACUCUGAUCUUUAGACAUGUUGUCACAAACAUUGGAAAUGCCUACAACCCACAAACAGGUAUUUUCACUGCACCAGUGAGAGGAGUCUACCACUUUGUCUGGACCAUACUUGGACUUGAUGGUGGUGUUGCAGCUGCUGUGUUGUUCAGGAAUGGAGAGCACAUUUUUCUUGCAUAUGAACAACAAACAUCAGGUGGUGUGAGCGGCUCUCAUGGAGCAUCUCUGCUUCUAGAGGUUGGAGAUCAGGUGUCUGUACGUCUCUGGAAAGAUGCAAAGAUAUAUGACAAUGUAAAUCACCAUAACACCUUCAGUGGUCAUCUGAUCUUCACCAUGUGAGAGGUGUGACAGCUCCAACAUUUCCUGUUUGGACUGUCCUGUGUGGGCGGAGCGUGCGAUUUUUAGAAGUAAAACAGGAAGUAAAUCACCUGCUGGUUUUGUGUUUAUUCGUUUCUACUUCUCCUCUGAUUCUACUGACUCAGAUAAUUUACUUCUUGUUAUCUUUGAUUCAAAUAAAUCCAGUUAAAUGCUCAGUGAUUCUCUUCUCUUUGUCCUUUCUUUGAGUCGGCUCUUCAUAAAGUGCUGCUCCUCCAUCAGGUCAUGACUAUUUUCUAUAAGUUGAUAAACUGCAUUAUUCUUUAUUGGCUCCACUGUCCUGUGUUGGUCAGUCUGUUAUUUUGGUGACUGCUGGCCCACAUGUUUGCUUUUAACUGGAGUCUUUCCUGUUAAGUUGAGCAAAAUCCAACAGUUCCUCUUUUUUCUCUUCUUUGAUAAUCAUGCAGGUAUUUUUCUUAAACACUUAACAGAUGUUAAACUUAAUCUGACUAUCAUGAUAAAAAUGUAAACAGCUGAUUUAAUUUGAUAUAAAAAUGUGUGUCAGUGCUGUGGAGGAAUUUCUAGAAGCUGAAAUGUUUCCUUAUUUUUCAUCUGAAUCCAAAUCCAGAUACAGAUAACUGACUGUAAACUUACUCGGGUUCAUUUCUUUCUAUUCUUUAGUUUCAAAAUUAAAGCAUCUUUGAACCAACA